CCCCCCGGAGGAAAGGCACUACAGAGAGAGAGCGCAUGCGCCGCCUGGCGGAAACCGCCCCCACUCCUCCUCGAUCACUUUCGCGUCCCUGCCUGUUGCGCGCCCCGCUCGGUAAGUUUCGAUUCUCUGCGGCGAAGCGAUGCUGCGACGGGGCGCACUCGCUCUGCUGGUGCCGCUCAGACGCCGCUCCGCCAUGGCGACGCCUCCCGAUCGCCGCUUCGUGGUGGAACUCGCGAGCUCGGAGCUGGUCCAUUUCUACCUAAGCAACGACGACGACAACAACCACCGUGCGCCUCCCCGGUGCUUCCUGCCCCGUCCGGGGAGAUGCUACUCCUUCUGCCUCCCGGCGGCGGGGAGCCCCCGGGAGCGAGUCCGGGCUGCCCGGCUGCACCGGCUUCUGCAGCGGAGGCUGAGCCAGGAGCAGCCCUUCGGGGCCGGGAGCGCAGCGCUGGCGCUCCUCUCCUACAGCCCCAGCCGCGAGGCUGCGCUGGAAAGAGGCUUCCUGGUGCAGGAUGAGCGGCGGGCGCCCGAGACCGAGCGCUCCCUCGAAGAGCUGCUUCGCCACCUGCUGCCGGCGCCCGUCCACCUCGCGGUAUACGAGGUGGCGGAAGGCGGCGAGGUGCGCUGCGCACUGUGGCGCCUUGACGGGGCGGCGCAGGACAGGCAGCUGGUGCGCAGGGCGCGCGUGGUCGCCGAGGAGGAGCCGGCGCUGCAUUCCGCCUGCGCGCACCUCCUGGAAGACGCCGUGUUCCGCUCUCGGGGAGCUGCCCGGAGGGUCCUGGAGGAGGUGAGUGUUGCUUCUCAUGUGCAUCUCUUGUUGUUGUUGUUGUUGUUUAGUCGUGUCCGACUCUUCGUGACCCCAUGGACCAGAGCACGCCAGGCACACCUGUCUUCCACUGCCUCCCGCAGUUUGGUCAAACUCAUGCUGGUAGCUUAGAGAACACUGAACAACCAUCUCGUCCUCUGUCGUCCCCUGCUCCUUGUGCCCUCCAUCUUUCCCAACAUCAGGGUCUUCUCUUCUCAUGAGGUGGCCAAAGUAUUGGAGCCUCAGCUUCAGGAUCUGUCCUUCCAGUGUCCACUCAGGGCUGAUUUCCUUAAGAAUGGGUAGGUUUGAUCUUCUUGCAGUCCAUGAGACUCUCAAGAGUCUCCUCUUGAGAGUGGGCAGCCUUCAGGUGCCGGUACUCACCAUCAAGCUGUUACAAUAAAUGCCACAAUUUUUAACAACAAAAAAGAGGUUCCUGUUAUUUCCCCCCAUGAAAGGGGUACAAGGCAGCUUACAGCUAAAAACAGCUGAAAAGCGAAAAAGAAACCAAUCAUUUUUUUUUAAAAAAAUGAUUUAAUAAAAUUGAACCCCCCUCUCUUUCUCUAUUGAAAACGUACAAUCACAACAAAAGCAGCAUGGCACCACCUCCCUUGUUAAAAGCAGUCAGUUCCAAAAUGCCUGUUGGAACAAGGUCUUCUUCAACCGCUGGAAAAGUAUAGAAUCAAAGAGGCACCCCGAGGGUCAUCUAGUCCAACCCCCUGCAAUGGAGGAAUACUUUUGCCCAACAUGAGGCUCGAACCCACAACCCUGAGAUUAUUAAGUCUCAUGCUUUACUGAGGGAGCUAUCCAGCAGCUGCUAUAGUAGCAUUUUUUCUUUCCUAUCUGUUACGUUGAAUGCCCAAAUGAAUCUUUCUCUGCAGUGUCCCUGUUUCAGGGAAUUCAAACAUAUCUUGGCCUCCCAGCAAGGGCACUGGGCAGGCUGUCAUUGGGACAUUUCAAAGAACCCCAGGAAACAAAGGCUACCUCUCAGAGUUCUUCAAGGCUUUUGUGACAACCCUUUAAAUGUUCCCCCAUAGGCAUUGCUGAGGCUUCAGUCCCUGAGUUAUUGAUAAGCAACUGCUUCUUUAGUAAAUACAUGCUUUCCUUACAGUGCACUUCUCUCAUUCCUGAGGCCAAAGCAGUCCUUGAUCUGGUGGAUCAGUGCCCUCAGCAUCCAAAGAAGGGCGAUUUUCCGGUGAUAGUUAUCGAGGGUCUGGAUGCAACAGGUAAGAGUUUAAGGCAAAACUCAAAAGGCGUGAAUAAACCUGUGAGCUCUGCAACAGAAUGUUGCCGUGAGAAGGGAUUCAGGGCUUCAGCUGCUGCACCCAGGUCUCUGUCCAUCCCCAGUAGUCAACUUUCAGUGGCCAAUGAGCACAUUUGGUCUUCAUUGGACGGUUCUUGGGGUUCCCCCUUGAUAGGGCUGCUCCAAGAAGGUUGGGUUUCUCUGGUGAUGAUGCUAAACCUGCAAUCCUAUUCACACACUCAGGAUGGCCCCAAUUCGUCAGGCAUGGGAGAAGAGCAGCAAGAGCAUAGGCCACCAAACAUGUCUCAAGGGUGAAGGAAGGAAUCAGAGUAGGGUGGAAGACAACUGAUGUCUUCAUCUCACCAAAAGAACCAUCAGUGUCAGGAAGGAGGGAAAAACAGGCCAUUAAAUUCACUCAGGCACAUUUACAUUGUUUGCCUCCUCCAUGAGAAGUUCUGGAGGGUGGCUACACAAGAAUGUGCCUUUUCUGUGGUGGUUCCCCAUCUGUAGAGGUAAAAAGGUAAAGGUCAAAGACCCCUGGACGGUUAAGUCCAGUCAAAGGCAACUGUGGGGUUGCCGUGCUCAUCUCACUUUCAGGCCACGGGAGCCGGCGUUCGUCCGCAGACAGCUUUCUGGGUCAUGUGGCCAGCAUGACUAAACUGCUUCUGGCACAACAGAACAUUGUGACAAGUGCCAGAGUGCAUGGAAACACAGUUUACCUUACCGCUGCAGUGGUACCUAUUUAUCUACUUGAACUGGCAUGCUUUCAAACUGCUAGGUUGACAGGAGCUGGGACAGAGCAACGGGCGCUCACUCCGUCGCAGGGAUUCGAACCGCCAACCUUUUGAUUGGCAAGCCCAAGAGGCUCAGUGGUUUAGGCCACAGCGCCACCCACGUCCCUUUGCCAUCUGUGGAAUGCUUUCCCCAGGGAAGCUCACCUGGCAUCUUCUUUACAUAUUCUUAGGCACCACGCAAAAAGGUUUCUCUCCAACCAGGCAUUCUGUGGGUUUUUUAACGUGUCUGUGGGAGGGGACUUAUCGGUUGGUUUUGUUUUAUUAUGUAUUUUGUGUCCCCAUUUUGUAUUUUUCUGUUGUGAACCACCCUGGAAUCUUUGGAUAAAGGGUGGUAUACAAAUUUAAUCAAUCAAUCAAUCAAAUAAAUAAAUAAAUAAAUCAUUACAUCCUGCAAUUUCUGGCUUAACAGUAUGCAUUUUUAAAAAGUACUUAUGCAGAUGCUACAACAUUCAAGAGGCUUUCAGAGGAUGCUUUUGUCUCUGUUGAACUUCUUAGAUCAACUCUUGCACUGUGCCGUGAAUAAAGGACAUGCUCUUCCUUGUGUCAUAUACAGGCAAAACAACAUUGACGCAAGCUGUGAAGGAUUCGCUGAAUGCUGUUCUCUUGAGAUCUCCUCCGCCUAGUGUCAGCCAGUGGAGAAAGAUAUUUGAUGAUGAACCAACGCUCAUACGGAGGGCAUUUUAUGCUCUGACCAACUACAUCCUUGCUUCCGAAAUAGCGAAAGCAUCGUCUAAGUCACCAGUGAUCGUAGACAGGUUGGUAAAAACAUUGCACAUUAUCAAAAAGAACUUGGGAGCCCUUUUCCUGUCUGUAUAUACUGUAUUUUUCACUCUAUAAGAUGGACCAGACGUCUUAUGGAGUGAAAAAUACAGUAAUUACAUUACCUGUUUCCUGUAUGGGGCCACUAUUGGCAUUACUUUUGCCCUACUUGCCAUUGUUCUGCUUUAGAGUCUUAGAAAGCAAAAGCAUGUAUAAUAUAACCAGCCAAUCACCCCUUGUUUUGAUUGGCUGGAUCUUACUCUUACCUGAAGUUAACAGGCCUGAAUCCAGAGAACUUGUUGCUUGUACUCAAGAAAGAUUGAACGUGUGUUUGUCCAACAGCAGCUACCCUUUCCAGGAUUCUCUGGAGGAAGCCAUGACUGUCAAAGUGGUACAGACAUAUUUUAAAUGCACAUAGCAUAGAUGUGACCAGUGUCACCAUCCCUUAAACCAGGGGUGGCCAACUUCUGAGAGACUGCAAUCUACUUUCAAAAUUAAAAUCUGACAAUGAUCUACCCCUGCUUUUUGGGGUUCAGGGCAAAGUUGUUGACCUUUUUUUAAGGGAGGAUGAAAGCCCCAUUUCUUAGGACGGAAGUUCCAUUUUUGGGGGGGUUAAAGGCAAGGGUCUAAGGAAAAAAGCCGCUCACAGUAAUAUCGCUUUUAAUGAAAACAGCCACAGGGAGAAAGCUCCGUCUUCCCUUCCACUGAUCAGACAACAAUGGAGGGCAGGGUGAGGAGGUGGGGCAGGAGUCAGUUUCAACGCCUUUGAGGAAAGGGAGCCACAGAUCGACCCACAAUCUACCAAAACCUUGCAGGGAUCUACCAGUAGAUCGCGAUCAACUUGUUGGACAUCCCUGCAGGCUUAAACUAACCUACCUCACACAUGGUUCUUGUGAGGCUAGCCCUUCAUAUAAACUGCUUUAAAUGCCUCUUGAGAAGAGAUGGGGUCCAAAAUGAGCAUGAAGGCCACAUAACGGAUUUUAGUUAGAUGCAGAGUCGCCUAUUUGCACAGCUCAUUCUAUGCACCUAGUGUUGAAUUUUCUUGAAACCUUCAAAUGCCUCGAGUUUCGCUCACACCCGUAAUUUGAUAGGUAUUGGCACAGCACUGCCGCGUAUGCAGUUGCCACCGAAAUAAGCGGGAAAGUGCAGAAUCUCCCUCCUCUGCAUCACGAAGUAUACCACUGGCCCGAAGACCUCCUAAAACCAGAUGUUGUUCUACUGCUAACUGUUAGUCCUGAGGAAAGAAUCCGGAGACUGAAGGGACGAGGGAUGGAGAAAACAGAGGAGGAGACUGAGCUAGAAGCUAAUACUUGUUUCCGUCAGAAGUAUGUAUUAAACCCAUAAUAUUGUUGUAGGCUUGGGCGGAGAAUUGGAGCGGAUGAACUCAAGGGCCCCUUUCAACUCUUGAUUCUAUGAUUGUAAGGUACUGCUAAAAUGGAUAAACCAAUCGGUCAGCUCUGUCCCGGCAUAUUGCUUUGUUAGGUCAACAACCUGAUGAUGGGAACCAAGAUGGCCGAAGAAGGUUUAGGUGUUGGUUGAGGAGGAAUGUCUGUAUAGAGAAAGCAGAGCUGUCAGAGGGGAGCCACACCCUGUACAGAGAAGGCAAAAGAGAAGAAUUGAGCUGGAUAUUUUUUUUAAGAGUUGUUUUAACUGUGGCUCUCCAGAAGUUGUUGGGCUGCAAUUCCCAUCAGCCCCAGCCAGUGCGGCAAAUAUUCAGGGAUGAUGGGAGUUGUAGUCCAACAACAUCUGGAGGGUCAUAGGUUCCCACUUCAUGGCUUACACCAGGGGUCAGCAAGCUUUUUAAGUCCACUGUCCCUCAGACCUUGUGGGGGGCCGGACUAUAUUUUUUGGGGGGGAAUGAAUGAAUUCUUAAGCCCCACAAAUAACCCAGAGAUGCAUUUUAAAUAAAAGGAAACAUUCUACUCGUGUAAAAACACGCUGAUUCCCGGACCGUCUGCGGGCCAGAUUUAGAAGGCGAUUGGGCCGGAUCUGGCCCCCAGGCCUUAGGUUGCCUACCCAUGGCUUACACCAUGUGGCAUUUUUAAAGACUUGGAUAAGACCACCUGCUCCAAGCGAGAUAGCCUGGAGAAAGAGGCAGCCGGGCAAAGAUCCUGCUACCCACUUGCUCCUGAACCAGAUCACUUGACCCCUCCACCAACACGGCAGUGACACCCCCUGCCCAUUUUCUGAGCUGUUUUUCAUCCUGCUCCCCUCUUUCCACCCUGCCACGCUGUCCCUUAGUUCUCCUUAGGAAUCCAUUUCUUUCAAUGUUUUAAUUAUGGCUGUACUUCAGAUGUGUCGUGAAGUCUUUUGACUCCAGUUGGAAAGUGGGAUAUGCAUCUAAAACAGCUCAAUUAAGGCUACAAUCCUAAACAAACAUUCUAGUGUGAAAGGCCUGUUCAGCUUGGUGUGAUUCAUGUUGGGUAAACACAGGUGGGGUGGCGCCAUGGAGCCACCCAUUUGACGUCAACACUGUUGCUGGUUACUGGGAUGGUAUGAGAGUGGCACGGUGUGGUUGGUGAGGCUGGAGCUGAAGAAGCACAGUGGCAGAGCCAAUCAGGCAUUUGUACUGGUGCACUUACAUGGCUCCGACCGUGCCACCACCCUGGGAGGAUAGUACUAUAAACAAAUCAGUGGAUAGCUGAAAUCUGUUACAGGAGUAAAUCCUAAAUACAUCGUCUGAACUGAGCUGAGUAGCAUUGCAAUGGAAACAUUGUGACUGACUUCUAUGUGUGGGUUAAAUUUAUACUCUUCCUUACUCUUUUCUGACAGAGUUGAAGAAUCUUACAGAAGGAUGGAGAAUCCAACGUGUCAACCAGUUGACGCUAGUCCCUCUAGAGAAGAGGUUCUCAAAGCUGUUCUGCACCUAGUUAAAAACCAGUGUCAUUUACCAUAAUUGGUUGCGAAUGUAGUAGUGCCAGGCUGCUUUGGCAUAAAAGGGGUUGCCCCCAAACUUCCCAGCAGAUAAGUGUUGAGUAGGAGUGUUAACAACUUCAUUUUCUCAAAGAGUGAGAAGCAUAUUGGAUUAUACGGGAUGGAUGCCACAUUGUCGUGGGUUAGCCAAAAAUCCUGUCAAUUAUAGUUUGCUGAUGAGCACCAAGGAUUUGUAACAGAAAUCUCAGUAGAACCAGAGGCAAAUCAGGGGUAUAUGUUUUGGGGGGAGGGAUUUAUUGCCCUCCCUCUCAUUUUCACCUGUAUUUUAAAUUGGUUUCUUUUCUUUUCCCCUAUUAUGUUUUUACUGUGAUUUUAUUGGUGUUAGCCACCCUGAGCCUGGCUCUGGCUGGGGAGGGUGGGGUGUAAAUAAAAUUUAUUAUUAUUGUUGUUGUUG